AUGGGACCUGCUCAUUUUCAGCGCCCUCUUUUCUGCAUCCUAGCCGCACUUUGCUCAUGGUCGCUGGCGACGAGCGAUGCCAACUUACCUUCUUAUCCACUGGCCGUGAAAAGUCCAUACCUCUCGGCGUGGAUGCCCGGCAGUCAAAUCAAGAAUGCGGCUACUGGUCAGCCGCAGUUCUGGACGGGACAGCCUUUGACUUGGUCCAUCGUGGCUAAGGUUGGGCACACUUCAUAUACGCUUUUUGGUGCUCCUGGAGGCAUCAGUGGCUCCACGGCGGCGACCACGAAGUCGGUCUCCUACAGUUCUUCUCAUACCUAUGUUACGCUCUUUGCUGGACCUGCCGCCUUUGUGCUGGAUUUCUUCUCGCCCGUCUUUCCCGGAAGUGCUUCAUAUGCGAAGCAGUCUCUUCCCUACAGCUAUUUGACUGUGAACGUCACCAGCUCCAGCUCGCAAAGCAUCCAAAUUCUGAGUGCUAUCGAUCACACAUGGACUGCUCAAGGCGGUGCCUCUGCUCUAAACUGGACCACCUCUGGCUCGGCUGGAUUCUUCUGGUUCUUCAAUGCCAAUGCCGGCGCUUACACCGAGAAGAAUGACAUGGGGACGUACGGCAGUGUGCUAUUUGGCACAACGGUCUCCGGAUCUGGUGUGACGCACGCCUGCGAUACUCCUGCAAACGUGUACAAAGCCUUCACGAGCACGGGUACCCUGACCGCGAAAUCGAGCUGCGGUGGCAGUGAUCUUGCUGCUGUGUCGAAGGAUCUGGGAACGACCACAAGCGGGAGGGUUACAUUUGCGAUUGGAUUCGAUCGAGUACGAGCUGUUCAAUACCUUGGAGCUGACCAGACCGGCUACUACAGGAAACAAUGGCCGAAUGUGGAAUCUGCCAUAUCAUACUUCCUGGGCAACUACGAUUCAGCUCUGUCAUCGUCACUUUCGUUCGAUGCAGCAGUCCGAUCGAAGGCGUCAUCUGUAUCCUCGGCGUAUGGUAGCCAAUAUGCGGACAUUCUGGAAGCAAGUGUCAGGCAAACCUUCGGUGGAAUCGAGAUUACGGUACCUGCUGACAAUAUCGCUGCAUCUCCAUAUGUCUUCAUGAAGGAAAUCUCGAGCGAUGGUAACGUGAAUACUGUUGACUUCAUCUACCAAACCUGGCCGAUCUUCGUCAGCCUCAACCCUGAGUAUAUCAAACUGCUGUUGGCUCCUGUUCUGGAUUAUAUGAAGGGAGGCGGAUGGCCUCAUCCGUGGGUCAUUCAUGACAUUGGAUCUGCAUAUCCCAAGGCCACAGGGCACAACGAUGGCAAUGCCGAGCAGAUGCCGCUCUUCGAGACCUCAUCACUCUUCAUUCUUCUGCUUGCCUACCAACAAUGCACAGGCGACAGCUCGUUCGCGAAACAGUAUAGCGCUCAGUUCCCUGGCUGGGCAGACUACCUUGCGAAGAAUUCCCUGUAUCCCGCCAGUCAGCUCAUCAGUGCCGAUGCCAUACCCGCGUCAGCAAAUCAGACCGCACUCGCCAUGCAAGCAGCAAUUGGACUCAACGCCGCUGGCAAGCUCACUGGAAACACAGGCUACUCUGACACCGCGUCUUCGAUGGCGGCGAAGAUCUACAACGACGCUCUUGGUCUUGAUGGCCCCACCCUUGCUAAGAGCACCCACUUCACAUACAACUAUGGCAAAAGCGCGACCUGGAACGCCGUAUUCGCGGGCUACAGCGACGUCGUUCUCAACCUCACCACCUUCCCAUCUACCGCCUGGUCCAUGCAAUCCUCUUGGUACGCCAAGCAAAUGCAAGAUGGCGGGUUACCAUUCGCCGGCCCUCCUUCCGAUCGCGGAGUGAACUGGGCCCUCACAGAUUGGAAUUUCGUCGCCGCCGCCGUCAGCUCGACGGACGUCCAGCAGCAAGUCGUGAGCAGCACGUGGAAAUUCAUGACAAAUGGCAAGAAUUCGAUUCCUUUUGGCACGAAGCAUUAUGUGCAAGGCAGUAAUGAGGGUUUGUGGAUUGGGAAUAAGGCGAGGAGUUCGGUAGGGAGUCAUUUUGCUAUUUUAGCGUUGCAGCAGGGGACUUGGGGGAAUGGGUAUUAA